AUGGCAUCAACAAAUCCAGAUAACGUACAGACCGCAAAUUCCUUUUCAGUGCUGUUUGUUUGCCUUGGCAACAUUUGUAGAAGCCCAGCAGCUGAAGGCGUGUUCAGAUACCUUGUCAAGGAAAGAAGCCUCGAUUCCAAGUUCUACAUCGACUCGGCUGGUACCAUCAAUUACCACGAGGGCGGUCCAGCCGAUCCAAGAAUGAGGGCAGCCGCAAAAGGGCGUGGGGUUGAGAUAACUUCCAUAUCAAGGCCGAUAAGGCCGUCAGAUUUCAGGGAUUUUGAUCUUAUUCUUGCAAUGGACAAGCAAAAUAGAGAGGAUAUACUCGAGGCAUUUGAGAGGUGGAGGCACAGAGAGACGUUGCCAGCUGACGCAGAUAAGAAGGUUCGGUUAAUGUGUUCGUACUGCAAGAAGCAUGAUGAAACUGAAGUGCCUGACCCCUACUAUGGUGGGCCGCAAGGUUUUGAGAAGGUUCUGGAUUUGCUUGAAGAUGCUUGUGAGUCACUCCUCGAAAGUAUUGUAGCUGAGGACAGUCGUAUUCUGGAUUCUUAG